GGGGCAGGGGACUGAGGGUGCCGGCAGGAUGUGACAGAUGCCACUGGUGGGGAAACGAGCCAGCUUCUGUGGUGACACACGGGCCAAGACUGUGAUCUUCCCAUGGGCUGACUUAGUCUCCGAGUUGUAGCAGAUCUCCAGGCGGAGAGCCACUGCCCCUUUUACGAUGAGUCCUUACAGGGAACUCUCUCACUGUAGGGUUUGACAGGCUUGGGUAUGAACUGAUUCUUUUCAUUUCUUCAGCUGCUUUUGCACAUAUUUGAAUGAGAAGUCACUCCAACUGAUGGACAAAUGUAAACAUCUGCAGCAUGGUGUUAAGACUUUAUCCAACAAAACUAAAGGAUAUUCGGAGAGUGAGUACCUUCAGAUGAUCACAAGCAUACAAAGCUGCCCAUGGAGACGACAAGCAGAAGAAUUUGAGAACUUCAGAGCAAAACUUGCUUCCUGUUGUGACGCUGUUCAAAACUUCGUGGUUUCUCAAAAUAACACUCCAGUUGGAACUAACAUGAGUUAUGAGGUGGAAAGUAAAAAAGAAAUCCCAAUUAGAGAGAGCAUUUUUCAUAUGUUUCCAGUGUCCCAGCCUUUUGUGGAAUACCCUUAUAAUCAGUGUGCCGUGGUUGGAAAUGGAGGAAUUCUGAAUGAGUCUCUCUGCGGAGCUGAAAUAGAUAAAUCUGAUUUUGUUUUUAGGUGUAACCUCCCUCCAACCACAGGAAACAUUAGCAAAGAUGUUGGCAGUAAAACAAAUCUUGUGACUAUAAACCCCAGUAUCAUAACACUAAAAUACAGAAACUUAAAGGAGAAGAAAGCAUUAUUUCUAGAGGACAUUGCGACCUACGGAGAUGCCUUCCUUCUUCUGCCUGCCUUUUCCUUCCGAGCCAACACUGGCGCCUCUUUUAAAGUGUACUACACACUCAAAGAAUCGAAAGCAAGGCAAAAAGUUCUCUUUUUCCAUCCCAAGUACCUGAAGCAUCUUGCCCUCUUCUGGAAAACGAAAGGGGUGACCGCCUACCGCUUGUCCACCGGCUUGAUGAUCACAAGCAUUGCGGUGGAGCUGUGUGAAAACGUGAAGCUCUAUGGCUUUUGGCCCUUCUCCCAAACCGUAGAUCACACACCCGUCAGCCAUCACUACUAUGACAACAGGUUACCUAAACGUGGUUUCCACCAGAUGCCCAAAGAAUAUAGCCAGAUCCUCCAACUUCAUGUGAAAGGAAUCCUCAAGCUACAAUUUAGCAAAUGUGAAGUAGCAUAAACAAAGUUUCUUACAAGUUAGCAUAAUUUUCAUAUAAUGCAAUAGGUGAGCAAUGUUUUCAAACACUAAGAAGAGGUGGUUAAUGGGUAUUACACGAAGAGCUCCAAAACUUGAUUUGACCAAAGCUGUCUUUGACUAACUUUAUAGCCUCCACGUGUCAAAUCAGUUGUUCCAGCCUUCAGUUUCCUUUUCUUUGUAAAAGAAGGAUCAUGAUACUGACUCACAGAAGUAAAAAAAGAAUAAUUUAUGAAAACUCCUGGCAUAGCGUUUGGUGUGAUUUAGGGCGUCAAUAAAUAUUUCCUUGUUAAUAUUAAAAACAGCCAUUUCCAGAAGAUAGAAGGCAUGUUAUCUUGGAGAGCCUUUCUUAAGAGAAGAGCUGAAUUGCCGUAUUUAUUGCAUCUCCUCUCAUAAGCUUUGCUUUAUUAAUAUCCUUCCCAUUUUUCUUUUGUACAAGAAAAUUGCAUAGUUAAACAAGAAAUCUUUUAUUAUUCAGGAAUGAAAGUCCUCUUCGUACGGCAGUGUCCCUGCUUCUGAUUAAAUUCGCUGUAAUAUUAGCUUCACUGAUGUGUUGGAUAGAUUUGGGCCAUUUCUCUUCCUCUGUUAUCUACAUCUGAAAUCACUCUCUGAUUUUAUAUUUUCUUCCUGUCUCAUUCUUUGGCCUUUUUUCUCCACUGACAGAAUCUACUUCAAGGACAUGAAGUUCCAAUACCCCUGCUUUUUCACUUUCUGUGUAGUCUGCAGAGUCACUUGUUCAAUGUAAUUUAAAAAAAAAAUUGAACAGCUGCUUUGUUCAAAGCCCUGUACCAGGCUCUGUGAGAGGGCCAGAAAGUCUCCCUUUAGCGAGAAGAAACACAUAUGCAUGUCAUUCAUGAUAUGGGAUGGCAAGUGUUAUAACAAUUGUGAAAAAAAGUGCUAGAGAGAUCACAGACAGGGAUAACUAAAUCUCUUUCAGUGCACUCUAUUUCAAUGUAUCUGUUUCAGAAGAGAGGUCAUUUUAGAAUUAAAACCAGAAAAUGAGUUGUUUUUUUGUUUUUGUUUUUGUUUUUUUUUUAAUGAAGGUAAUUCUAGGGAGAGGGAAUAUGAUAGGAGAAAAAGCUGUUCCCUUGAUUCUGAUCCAUCAAAAUGUGAAUAUUUGAACAUAGACUUGGUUUUUACCCCAAAAUUGUCACGUGAGAAUGGGAACAGUGCAUGGGGAGGGUGGCGUGGACUCACAUCUCUACAAUAGAGACAAUUCAGACAUGACUGAUUUAAUAGAAGGGUUUAAGGGGAAAAACACUGAGAAACUUAAUUCCCCCCAGGAAAGAUACAGGCUUACGUGAAAAAUAAGACUAAUAGCUUAGGCACUGGUAUAAAUUAAAACCUGAGUAGAUAUGAAAUAUUAGCAUUUGUAUGCCACUCCUUUAGGUUCUGACGACACCCACUCAUAUGUUAUCCUUGCAUCUGCUGAACAAAUUAUCUGACUUACAUGUAUAGCCAUGUAUGUCCUUUUCUGCUCUCAUCAUUGAACCUUUGUACAGACUGGAAAUCAGAAUGUAGCAGGUCAGCGUGUCAGAAUCAUUUAUAAUUUUUAAAUUAUUUAUCUGAGCCAGAGUAUUGUUUUACUAAACACCCACUUUUAAGAACACUGUGCUAUAAAUUGUUCAUUUUAUAAAAAUGCAUCUCUACUUUGCACUUGACAUAUGUGAGAUGAUUUGGGUUCAUAUUUUCAUAGCAUAAUAAACUUACUAGCUUUAUAAAUUGGUUAAAGUUCCUCUAUGAAUAUUUUCCAAAAGGAACAUGCUUUUUGUUAUAUAAAGUCUAAUUUAUUUAUUACCUUUCUUUUUUGGUGAAUGGAUGGCUUUUUUCUCUUGCUUCUAAUGGAUUUAAUUAGUUUUGAGUAAUAUGUUGGCGGCAUUGGUAAUGUUUGGAUUCUUAAAAGUAGAUGAGAACACCUGAGUAUUUUAGUUAGUAAAAUGAUUUUUUUCAAAAUGCCCAUGGCAGGUGAAGCAAAUGAUUUCUUUU